CACAUCUCCACUCGGUUGCAAGCAAGUUUCUUCGACAUACUCCUCGGUCGCACAACGCUAAACCAAGCAGCGCACAUGAUUAGAUGCGAGAAGAUAUCACCUUACCAUCAAGGGAGGGUGCUUCUUCGAGCGCUGUUAUUUUGUAACGAUGCAAGCUCACGCGCAGACAAUGUUUUAAAACCAAAGAGACGUACUAUGCGGAUCAAAUUUGACCUCACACCGAUCAGUGCUCAUUGUAUGCAUAUGCACUGCAAUGUGAAAAACACGAAAACGAGAAUUGAGGGACUCAGGCAUUGGAUGUUGUGUAUGGUAGUACCAGACUUACCCCAGAUUUACGUUUUGAGCCUCAUGCAGAUCAUCAUCGAAGGUAUGUCGAUCUCACCGUUGUGGUGACGAACGUUAGGAGUAAGUCGCUGUACGUGGCACUACAGAUGCGGUAGGAGCUCUUCACAUGAUAUCC